AGCCUAAGGCAGGAGCCGCCACAAAGCAUGGAGUGUGAGAAAAUCUGGAAUCUCCCAUCAGAUACAAACAACACUCUGAAAAACCACAAAAAACCUCAUGAAUGCUCCGAGUGUGGGAGAUCCUUUGCUCUCCACUCCCUCCUUUUGACCCACAGAAAGGUCCAUGUGCGAUGUGGAUCCAGGGAAGGUUUGGAGGGUGAGAAAUCCUUCUCUGGAAAAGACGCCAAAGACCUCAAAAGCUCCCCAAGAAUAAAACCCCAUAAAUGUGAUGAAUGUGACUUAUGCUUUGGUCAAAAGUCACACCUUCUUAGACAUCAGAAAAUCCACACUGGAGAGAAACCUUAUCAGUGUCUGGAAUGUGGGAUUUUUUUCCGUGAAAAAUCCUCUCUCAGAAUCCACAAGAGAAUCCACACAGGGGAGAAACCUUACAAGUGUUGGGAGUGUGGGAAGAGCUUUUCUCAGAAAGCUCAUCUUUGGAUCCAUGAGAAGAUUCAUGCAGGAAUCAAACCUUACAAAUGCUUUGAAUGUGGAAAAUGUUUCAAGCAGAGUUCAGCUCUUUGGACUCAUUGGAAAACGCACACAGGGGAGAAAAAUGAAAAGUGCCUCGAAUGCGGGAAAUGUUUUACUCAGAAAUCAAACUUGCUGCAACAUCAGAGACGUCACACUGGAGAGAGACCCUAUGAAUGCCCAGAAUGUGAGAGACGAUUUGUAAAUUCUUCUGAACUUAAGAGACACCAGAUGAGGCACAAAGAGGAGAAACCCUAUGAAUGUAGGGAGUGUGGGAAAGGUUUUGUUACACGAACAGAGCUCCAGGUUCAUGAGACAAUCCACACAGGGGAGAAGCCAUUCAAAUGUGGGGAGUGUGGGAUGUGCUUCUCCCAAAAACAAAACCUUGGAACCCAUCAGAGGGUCCACACGGGAGAGAAACCGUACAGAUGCGUAGAAUGUGGGAAAUCAUUUGCUUAUAAGGGAGCCCUUUGGAGACAUCAUAACAUCCACACAGGGGAGAAGCCAUAUCAAUGCAACGAAUGUGAAAGAUUUUAUAGUAGCUCAUCAGCCCUUAGUUGUCAUGUGAAAACUCACACGGGGGAAAAAAACUACAAAUGUUUGGACUGUGGGAAAGCAUUUGCUCAUUCAUCUCACCUUAGAAGUCACAGCCGAAUCCAUACAGGAGAAAAGCCCCAUAAAUGCUCAGAGUGUGAUAAAUCUUUUUCACGGAAAGAUUCUCUCAUGAGGCAUCAGCGAAUCCACGCUGGAGAAAAUCCAUAGAAAUGUCUGGAGUGUGGAAAAUAUUUUGCCCAACCUUCAGCCCUUCGCAUCCACACCCGAAGUCACACAGGAGAGAGGCCUCACAAGUGGGCAGAGUGUGAGAAACCAUUUCAUUGCAAAUCAACAUUAAAAAUACACCAGAAAAUCUAUACCGGAGAGAAACCUAAAAUCAGCCCAAGGCAGCAACCAAGAGGAACCAUGGAGCCUUGGAAACUUUUUGACCCCUCACCAAACACAAGCAGCUCUCCACAAAAGGACAAAAAAUCCCAUGAAUGCUCCGAGUGUGGGAAAUCCUUUGCUCUCCAGUCCCUCCUUUUGACCCACAGGAAGGUCCAUGUGGGAAGUGGAUCCAGUGAAGGUUUGGAGGGUGAGAAAUCUUUCUCUGGGAAAAACUCCAAGGAUCUCAGAAUCCCCCCAAGACUAAACCCCUAUAAAUGUGAGGAAUGUGACUUAUGCUUUAGUCAAAAGUCACGCCUUCUUAGACAUCAGAGAAUCCACACAGGGGAGAAACCUUACAAGUGUUGGGAACAUGGGAAGAGCUUUUCUCAGAACUCAGGUCUUUGGCUCCAUGAGAAGAUCCAUGCAGGAAUAAAGUCUUACAAAUGCUUUGAGUGUGGAAAAUGUUUCACCCAGAGUUCAGGUCUUCGGAGUCAUCAGAAAACACACAGAGGGGAUAAAAAUGUAAAGUGCCUCGAAUGUGGGAAAAGUUUUACCUUGAAAUCAACCCUGGUGCUACAUCAGAGAAUUCACACUGGAGAGAGACCCUAUGAAUGCCCAGAAUGUGAGAAAAGAUUUGUAAAUUCUUCUCAACUUCGGAGGCACCAGAAGAGGCACAAGGGGGAGAAACCCUAUGAAUGUGGGGAGUGUGGGAAAGGUUUUGUUACACAAACAGAGCUCCAGGUUCAUCAGAGAAUCCACACAGGGGAGAAGCCGUAUAAGUGUGGGGAGUGUGGGAAAUGCUUCUCCACAAAAAACAACCUUGGAAGUCAUCAGAGGCUCCACACAGGAGAGAAGCCACACAGAUGCGUAGAAUGUGGGAAAUCUUUUGCUCAAAGUGCAGCCCUUUGGAGACAUAAUAAAACCCACACAGGGGAGAAGCCACAUGAGUGCAACGAAUGUGGAAGAUUUUAUCCUACCUCAUCAGCCCUUAGAAGUCAUGUGAAAACUCACACAGGGGAAAAAAAGUACAAAUGUUUGGACUGUGGGAGACAAUUUGCUGCGUCAUAUUCCCUUACAAGUCACAGCCGAAUCCAUACAGGAGAGAAACCUCACAAAUGCUCAGAGUGUGAUAAAUGUUUUCCACGGAAAGAUUCUCUUGUGAGGCAUCAGCGAAUCCACACUGGAGAGAAACCAUAUAGAUGUCUGGAGUGUGGAAAAUGUUUUGCCCGAUCUUCAGCACUGCACAAGCACACCAGAAGUCAUACAUGAGAGUGGCCUUGCAAGUGUGCAGAGUGUGAGAAACCAUUUCAUUGCAAAUCACAGUUAAAAAUGCACCAGAAAGUCCAUAACAGAGAUAAACCUGCUUAGUCGUGAACAAUUUGGAUUUUUUUUUUUUAACGUCACAUGUUAUAAUUUACCAGGAACUGAGUUAUAUGUGUGUUGGCAGAGAACUGGAAGUCUUUUAUUUCUGACCAUAAAUGGGAAUGGAUUUCUGAUCAUAAGUUACUACAAUCAUAACCUGAACCCAGAUAUCCUUGUUAUUUUUUACUAGCCCUUGUUAAUGAAUAGGGAGAACUGAAGAUUUAGAGAGGAGAAAAAUGGGUUGAGGGUGGAAUGAAGAUGCAUCCUAUUGUUUUAUUUAGUGAUAAAGGGUUGGUGUUGAAUAUGCUGGCUGAGGAUGAAGAGGAAACAUUUAUUUUUCCUACUAUCUUUUUGGGAGGGAUUUUUUUUUCAUUGUUUUUUCAUACGUUCACGCACAUACAUACAGUAUAUUCACAAUCAUACUAGUACACAGUUGUAUUGAAGAUCUUUGUUUGAUCGGCAUAUAUAAUUCAUUAAUAAAAUUAUUAUUCAAAAUAA